GACCUGAGCCAAAAGCAGAUGCCUAACGACUGAGCCACCUGGGUGCCCCCCCGCAUCAAAUGAACUUAAGAAAUGUAAAUUAUCACACUCAUUUAACUAUGAGAUGGUUGAAUUUGAUCAUAACACCAACAUAAGUUACCAAUGUAAAGGAAGAUCAGAGAACAAACACUCAAUCUGCAUAAAUGGAAGAUGGGAUCCUGAAAUAGCCUGCACAAAGCUACAAACACAGUCAUGCCCACCUCCACCUCAGAUUCCCAAUGCUUAAGAUAUGACAACUACAGUGAAUUACCGGGAAGGAGAAGAAAUAUCUGUUCUUUGUCAAGAAGAUUAUGUAAUUCAGGAUGCAGAAGAAAUUGUGUGUCAAGAUGGAAGAUGGCAGUCAAUACCAUGCUGUGUUGAAAAGUUUCCAUGUUCUCAACCACCUCGUAUAGAACAUGGAAUUGUGAAAGCAUCUAGUUCUUCAGAAGAAAGGAAAGAAACAUUUAAACCCAGGCUUUAUGCACAUGGCACUAAAUUAAGUUAUAUUUGUGAAGAUGGUUUCAGGAUAUCUGAAGAAGAUGGGAUAAUGUGCUACAUGGGAAAAUGGAGUUCUCCACCUCAGUGUGUAGAAAUGUAUUGUUCUAGUUUACCUGACUUUGGUGAUGCCAUGCUCAUAGGCCCAAAGAAGGAAUCAUAUAGAUCAGAAGAAAAAGUGACUUAUACAUGUCCAGAAUAUUACCAAUUGGAUGGAUCCAAUAUUGUACAGUGUAUUAAGAGCCAAUGGAUGGGAAGGCCGAUAUGCAGACUUUAA